UUGGACAGUAGAGGAGCGCCUCCCAAGUUUUCAUCCAACUGCCACCCCUAAGGCUUCCACCCUCCUCCCCUCAGAGAGGACGUUUGAUGCCGGGCCCCUGAGAUUCUCAUUGACAAGCCCCUCUGGGUCCCCCUGAGCAGAGCCCGCUGACCCAAUUGCCCACCUUUGCGGCUUUGAUGCCUAGCCAUGUCUGCCUCAUCCUCGGGCGGCUCCCCCAGGUUUCCAUCGUGUGGGAAGAACGGAGUAACAAGUCUCACGCAGAAAAAGGUCCUGAGGACACCUUGUGGCGCACCCAGUGUGACUGUAACGAAGCGAACCAUGAAGGACCGCUCUUCAACCCCCCCCUUACAUGUCCACGUGGAUGAGAACACUCCUGUCCACGUCCACAUAAAAAAACUCCCGAAACCAUCAGCAGCCAGCAGCCAGAAAUCUCAUAAGCGCGGAAUGAAAGGGGACACCGUGAAUGUGCGGCGGAGUGUCCGGGUGAAAACCAAGGUACCUUGGAUGCCCCCUGGAAAGUCAUCCGCCCGGCAUGUGGGAUGCAAGUGGGAGAAUCCACCUCAUUGUCUGGAGAUCACGCCACCAUCUUCAGAAAAGCUGGUCUCAGUGAUGCGGUUGAGUGACCUCUCUACGGAAGAUGACGACUCGGGUCACUGUAAAAUGAACCGUUAUGAUAAGAAGAUUGACAGUCUAAUGAACGCGGUUGGUUGUCUCAAGUCUGAGGUCAAGAUGCAGAAGGGUGAGCGCCAGAUGGCCAAGAGGUUCCUGGAGGAGCGAAAGGAGGAGCUGGAGGAGGUGGCCCAUGAGCUGGCCGAGACCGAGCACGAGAACACGGUGCUGAGGCACAACAUCGAACGCAUCAAGGAGGAGAAGGACUUCACCAUGCUUCAGAAGAAACACCUCCAGCAGGAGAAGGAGUGCCUCAUGUCCAAGCUGGUAGAAGCUGAAAUGGAUGGGGCUGCUGCUGCCAAGCAAGUCAUGGCCUUGAAGGACACUAUCGGGAAGCUGAAGACGGAGAAACAAAUGACCUGCACGGACAUCAACACCCUAACGAGGCAGAAGGAACUUCUCCUGCAGAAGCUGAGCACAUUUGAAGAGACCAACCGCACCCUCCGAGACCUGCUGAGGGAACAGCACUGCAAAGAGGAUUCGGAUAAGCUGAUGGAGCAACAAGGAGCACUACUCAAACGGCUGGCGGAGGCGGACUCAGAGAAAGCGCGCCUGCUGUUACUCCUGCAAGACAAAGACAAGGAGGUAGAAGAGCUACUCCAGGAAAUACAAUGCGAGAAGGCUCAAGCAAAGACCGCAUCGGAGCUUUCGAAAUCCAUGGAGUCCAUGCGUGGGCAUUUGCAGGCCCAGCUCCGGUGCAAGGAGGCAGAGAACAGUCGCCUGUGCAUGCAGAUCAAGAACCUGGAGCGCAGUGGGAACCAGCACAAGGCAGAAGUGGAGGCCAUCAUGGAGCAGCUGAAGGAAUUAAAGCAAAAGGGAGACCGAGACAAAGAAACCUUAAAGAAGGCCAUCCGAGCCCAGAAGGAGCGAGCUGAGAAGAGCGAGGAGUAUGCCGAGCAGCUGCACGUGCAACUUGCCGACAAGGAUCUUUAUGUCGCUGAAGCUUUAUCCACUCUGGAAUCAUGGAGGAGCCGCUACAAUCAGGUUGUGAAAGACAAGGGAGACCUCGAGCUGGAAAUUAUCGUCCUGAAUGACCGGGUGACAGAUCUCGUAAACCAACAACAAACGUUGGAGGAGAAGAUGCGGGAAGAUCGGGACAGCCUGGUGGAGAGAUUACACCGGCAGACGGCUGAGUACUCCGCGUUCAAGCUAGAGAACGAGAGGCUGAAGGCCAGCUUCGCCCCGAUGGAGGACAAGCUCAACCAGGCGCACAUCGAGGUGCAGCAGCUGAAGGUAUCGGUUAAGAACUAUGAAGGGAUGAUCGACAACUAUAAGAGUCAGGUGAUGAAGACCAGAUUGGAGGCUGAUGAAGUGGCUGCCCAGCUGGAACGCUGUGACAAAGAGAACAAGAUCCUUAAAGAUGAGAUGAACAAAGAGAUCGAAGCGGCCCGUAGGCAGUUCCAGUCCCAGCUGGCUGACCUGCAGCAGCUGCCCGACAUCCUUAAGAUCACAGAGGCCAAGCUGGCAGAGUGCCAAGACCAGCUGCAGGGCUAUGAGAGGAAGAACAUCGACCUCACGGCCAUCAUAUCAGACCUGCGCAGCCGGAUCGAACAUCAGGGGGACAAGCUGGAGAUGGCAAGAGAGAAACACCAGUCUUCCCAGAAGGAAAAUAAACAGCUGAGUCUGAAGGUGGAUGAACUGGAGAGGAAACUGGAGGCGACCAGCGCCCAGAAUAUCGAGUUCCUACAGGUGAUUGCCAAGAGGGAGGAGGCAAUCCACCAGUCCCAGCUCCGGCUAGAGGAGAAAACACGGGAGUGUGGGACCCUGGCCAGGCAGUUGGAGAGCGCCAUUGAAGAUGCUAGGAGGCAGGUGGAACAAACCAAGGAGCACGCAGUCUCCAAGGAGCGAGCCGCCCAGAGCAAAAUCCUGGACCUUGAGACCCAACUGAGCAGGACCAAAACUGAACUCAGCCAGCUGCGGCGGAGCCGGGAUGAUGCUGACCGUCGCUACCAGAGCCGACUCCAGGACCUCAAAGAUCGCCUGGAGCAGUCAGAGAGCACCAAUCGCAGCAUGCAGAACUACGUCCAGUUCCUCAAGUCAUCCUAUGCCAACGUGUUCGGGGACAGUCCCUACACUACCUACCUGACCAGCUCUCCCAUCCGCUCCCGAUCUCCUCCUGCCUAAGGCUGCCGGUCUUGGGCCAGGAGCCCGGAUUGAUGCCAUGGGAACUGCGGAGGGGCCAAGCCAUAGCCGGAAAGCCUGUUGCUUUCCUCUCGCUUGCACUGAUGGAAGCGUGUUCAGGAUCUUGUCUGAGCUACUGGCUUCAGUAAAGUCCCUAAAGCAGCGGGGCGGAGGAGGGGGGGCAGGAAGGACUUAGUUUUCGUUCCUCUGACAGAGUCAUCUGAUGGAGAUUUUUUAAUUUUUUUUUUUUUUUUUUUGACAAGCCUUAAAUCUACUAAUCUUAGGGUACCAGAUUUUAACUCACCAUGACUUUGCUCCUUCCUUCCCUGAGAAAAUGAUCUGGACUUUUUUUCCAGUUCCUUCACAGCCCUCCUCUUUUGAGGAAUCUCUCUCUUGGGUUUUCUCUUCCCUGAACCAGCAGGAGCUAUCAGCCCGAGGUCCUCACCACCCCUCCUGGGCUGUGAGCAGGUUCACUUGCUGUUUUCUGUCAUGGGUUCGGUGGUUGCCCCAGUGCCACCCCCCCAUGCCCUGUGGAAACCUCAGGUUCAAGUGUCCAUGAGGCCGCAUGCCCCAUGCACUUCACAACAGACACUGAAGGGCCCAUGUCGAGUGGCCUCUUCAAAGUGUAAUCCCAGUCUCACUGAUUUUUGUUUCUCUUUGCCAGGUUUGUAUCUGUGGAAUGCAUUUAUUCUGGAAAUAUGUGUGUUAUUUUAUAAGAAGCUUUUAUAAUCAAUAUUUAAGUCUCCAUUGGAUGAUUUCCUUUACUCACCCCUUCCCUUUUCUAAAAAUGAUCAAGGAAAAUGCUACAGGAGAGCCAGUAAACAAGUGCUUGGUGCCUGGGACACGAGGCUUCUCAUUUUAUUUUGGCCCAGGUCGGUUCUUCCUUGUGCACCUUCUUCACAUCAUAAUCCUGUGAGAUGACUGGAGGAAACAGUUUGUAAGGCACUGCUCAGUGUCCAAUGGGAUGGAUAGGAUGAAGAAAGGAUGGGUAUAUGUUACUAUUUUUAAAAUAUUAGUCUGGUUUUCUUUUUAUAAAGAUCUUAUUUUGGGGGGUGCC